CAGAAAUAGCAUUUCCGAUCUACCGUUUCCCCGCACGUACGCGUCACCUAGAGCAACCUCAAGCACUCCAUUCUCUUAUGUUUUCUUCUACCGAUUUCCUCCAUUUCUUGCUGAUUUUCCUAGCUCCACCACUGUUCCGCCACUUCCGCCGCUGCAGUUAGGAUUCCCGUUUUUCUUCCCGUCGUCAUUCUUUCCCUUGUCAUCCGUCGUGCCAUUUCAACACCACUUUCCUUGGAACUAGAUGGGUGGUCCUCACACCGUCCUUAGCAUCGCCACACCUUCGUUAGGCAUAAGGUUAGGUCGGUAGGGCAGCGGCGAACCACCCUAACAGUACAAGGGGUGCACGGGUGGGGCGCGGCGAUCACAUUACACGGCGAAGCGAGGCGUGGGAGAGCAGUGAGCGCGCAUUUGGCAUCAGCAGAGCCAUAGGCAUGGCCGUGCCGCCGUGCGUCGUGGCGUUGGGUCGAGUGCGCCAUGUGUGCCUCACCACGCACCGCCACGUGCGCAUUCACAGCCUGAUUCUCCCUGCUGCCUCACGGCCAAGCGCCUCUGCGCCAUGCACUGCUGCGAGUGGACGAGGCGGGAGGGGCGCACACGGCGAGGGGGGGGACGGAGAGGAGGAGCGGUGCAGCAGCAGGGCAGAGGCGGCAGACUCGCGUGCAGCGCUGGUGGGGGCAACAGCAGUGGGAGUGGGGGCAGGGGCGGACGGGCACAGUGCAGCAGCAGUAAGUGCGGGUGCAGCUAUGGCGCUUCUCAUGGAUGGCCCGCCACGCAGCAUGCAAGGAAGCAAGCACGCAGCGCAAGGACGGCCGUGCGGGUGGCGGGAGCAAGCUCGAGGGACGGCGCAGCAGCGCAGGAGCAAGGGGGGAGCGAGGCGGCUCUGGGGGAAGCAUCCAGGGCUGCAGAGCCAAGUGGCGCGGGUGGUGCUGCCAGCACCGGUCAAGAGGCCGGUGUGCAAAGAGAGGCGAGAGGAGAAGCGGGUGCAGCAGUGGGUGCAGGGGCGGGGUCAGGGGCGAGUGCGGAGAGCACGGUGAAGGACGGCAAGUGGGUGGGCGCCAGCCACAGAGUGCUCUUCUGCUCGCAGUGUGGCUCCCCGACCAACCAGAUCGUGCCAGCUGGUGAUGACAAGCCUCGGGACGUGUGCAGCAACCCUGUCUGUGCGCGCAUCCACUACGCCAACCCCAAAGUGGUCGUGGGCGCGCUGUGCCUCUGGCACAACAAGGUGCUGCUGUGUCGGAGGGGCAUCCCGCCCUGCGAGGGCAUGUGGGGCUUCCCUCAAGGUUUCCUGGAGUUGGGCGAGUCGUCGAGGGAGGGGGCAGAGAGGGAGGUGCGGGAGGAGGCAUGCGCCGAGGUCAGAGUGCGCAGCCUGCUGGCCGUCUACAACAUUCCCAACCAGGUGCAGAUCAUCUACCUCGCUGACCUCCUCUCGCCUCACUUCGCUGCCGGCUCGGAGACGCUAGAGGCGGCUCUGUUUGAGUGGGACGCCAUCCCCUUCCACCACCUCGCCUUCCCCACUGUGGCAUGGGCGUUGGAGCACGCACAGCAGCAGCUGCAGCACGCCCAGGGGCUCAUUCAGCCACAGCUGAGGACCAAAGUGGCCGGCACCGCUGGCAUGUUCAGUGGCUCGUAUGUGGAUGCAUAGAAUACACUUCAAACUGGUGGUUGAAAGUCGUGAUUCUUGUCUCUGCCAAUCAGGCCCCCAAAUUGGUUUUGGGGUUGUCUGAUUCGUCAGACUCGCCUGCCAUCCCUUGGUAUGGCCAUCAGAGUUGCCCCUAAAAAAAGUCUGCAACAUCAGAGUAACUAGAGAUUUUUUGUAUGAUCAAUCAGAGUCACUAUGUUUUCAAACUCUGAUUUUAAAGCCGUAGUCACAUCACAUAUCAUUGAAUUACCGUAUUCCCCCGGAUAUACGCACCGCCAGCUAAAACGCACCAUGGUGCGUAUAUCCGGAGGGGUGCCAUAUCGGAUGUGCCAAUGAUACGCACCCCCCCAUUUUCCAGAUUCUAAUCCCUAUACGCACCCCCCUUUUCCCCGUCGGAAUCUCGCACUGACUAUGUUGACUGUACAUUUCGCAUCAAGUUUACGUGAGGAAUCACUUCAUCACACAAAAUCGACCCCUGACCUUCCGACUCAUCGAAGGUAUGGUCAGCAAAGCUCUGCUGCCAUGUCAGAUGAGAGAACGGAUGGCCAGGAUCGCCCACGCUAGCCUGCACGCUGGCAAACUGCAGCGAACGUGCUGCUUGGCUGACGCGUCAGUCGUCUAG